UUCUAAUAGUCGGUCAGAACCUAUCAACUAAAAUGUAUCAUCUUAAUGAUCAGAAUUGAUAUAAAUUAACGAAUUUAUCUUCGUCUACAGCUAAUGUAUCUAAAAUUUUUAAUCAUAAUCUAAAAUAAUCCUGCUAAAUAUAAAGCUAAAUUUAUCGCUUAGUAAGCUAUCUAAUGCCCUUAGACAAUACUACAACAACUGUCAUUGUCUCUCAAACUGCGAUGAUGCUUUCAGCUACUCAGUUAGUUAUAUCUGUGGUCUUCAUCGUCUUACUUCUGUUGACUUUUCCGGAUUUCAAACUCCGAAUCCGCCCCCAACGGUUCCCUGUUCCAACAGAAGUCUCAUCAAAUCUUCAUCCAUUAUGCUCCGGUCUCUUAUCACUUCCGUUCAGGUCAAGUUCAAAUUGAGAGUUGAGAGUAGAAUUGAUACAAAGCUUUUCUUUAGGCAAGAUUUCAAUCGACUGAAAUUGUUCGGCUGUUUUUUUAGAUAGGUUUCAAAAAUAAUGAAUGGCUUCUUUUGUUACUUGCUCUAGGCCACUCGUAGUAAAUAAAAACUUAGUUGCGCAAAUUGUCAUCUAUUUUAACUGUUUGUUUAACACACCAAUUUGGUCAUUUCUCGCCAUUUAGACAUUGGGUUGUAUCUGUUUUGACGUGGCAACUAAUGACGCAUUGUUUGAAAUACCGUAAAACGAUGUGAGAAGGAUUAUUGGCUCUCGGAUACUCGGAGCAACUCGAUCAGAACAUAAAAGGGCCGUCUGUUUAAUGAGUUAGAGUAACCGAUUAAAUCUUUGGCUUUGGAGGUCCCGUUCCUGUGAUAGUUGUAAUUGCAAUCAUUUUGUUUUUGGAAUGAUACCUUUUAAGGGGUGUAUUUAUGAAGUUGAUUUGGUUUACCUCCCACGCUACUUUGGUACAAUAUGUUGGUUCAGUGUGAAUAUGAAUCGAUUAUCUUGGGAGCUUAGAAGCAAACCAUCACAGGACGUCAUGCAAGCGGAACGCUCAAAUUGAAUUACUUUUUAAGAGUAAUGAAUGGAAUGUUGUGAUAUAGACACUAAAGCACAGAGUUUUGUGGCCGAAGUGUUAAUAGAGGCCACGUGGGUGAGUGACAGAGACGAUGGGGAGUGUGGUUCCAAUGGCGACAAGGAUGACUUCGAUCCCAAACUGGUCAUCACCAACCUCGAGGAGACUAGAAAGGAAACCCAGUGGCGCAGCUGCGAACAGGAUCCAGAUGAUCCGGAUGUCACUUAUAUCACCAUGCACUGGCGCAUCAAGGGAGUGUUCUACGAGAAUAUGGAACUGGAGAAUUUCCCCAGAGACGUCCAGGACAUUAGCAUCAGUGUGUCAAGUGACUGGCAUGCCAACGAGAUAGAACUCAUGCUGGACUACUCCAAGAUGAGCACCCUAGAUGUGGCUAACUUCCAGGACGACCAAGAGUGGAGUCUUUUCAAACAUGUGGAGUUGGAGAAAGUGCCCGAGGAUCCAGAGAGCGAGAUUGAACUGGGAUACACUGCUGGGUUUAUAGUUGCCAGAUGCAGAGUGGCACGACGCUCCAAGUUCUUCAUGGUGAACAAUGUGCUGCUGAUGUUCAGUCUGAUCGUACUGUCGCUUACCAUCUUCGCUUAUGACCCCAGUUGGAACAUGGCCAGAAUCAGCUCGUCCAUGACUCUUCUUCUCGUGGCAGUUGCAUUCAAACUGUCAGUGGCAGGCACCCUCCCACUCAUAUCUUAUCUCACGUACCUCGACAUAUACAUACUAGGUGGCAUGUUGUUUCUCUGUUCGAUGACCGUGAUAUUUGCCCUCAUCUCCCCCUUCAAGGAUAAACCGGAUGAGGCUCUGGUGAUUGACAUGUGCGCACUAGUAGCCCUCGCAGUACUCAUCACAGUAUUCCACGUCGUAUACGCCGUCGUGUUUCUCAACAACACCAACAAGAGAAUAAACGAGAUGAAGAAGAAAGACAAAGAGUAUGAUCUGCAACUGAGAAGACACCGUGAAAUGGAGAAGAUGGUAAACAUGGCACGCAAAACUAGCAGGGAUCCUCCAACGUCCCCGGACACCUCAACCAUUGCAGCUACCACUCCCAGAAGCAAACCCAAAAUACCACCUGCUGAGAUCAUUAUCAGAGAUAUUUCAAUUGAAGACAGGAUGUCAUUUAUAGACGAAAGCAAAGAUAGAAAGAGCUCGGACUCGAACUCUAGACCUACGGUUUUUGACCCGAAUCGCAGUUCUCUAAGACGCGGCUUGAGAACCCCGAAAACCAAUGGAAUAUCAGACUUUUCAUCCCAUGGGAUCUACUCAGAUAGCAAUGAAACUCGAGACGUCCCUUCUCAUAAUAACAAUUUUAUGAAUCCUGUGGGCUACUUAUAGUUUCAUAGUUAAAAGACAUUUGUGUUAUCCAUGUUUGGUGUAUGAUGAUGUAUAUGUUGCGAGCGAUAUU